CGUAUGGCACCUUUCACUCAUCUGGCCCACCAACACAGGUGAAGGUAACCCUGAUGGGUGGGACAUGCAGCUGUAAGUUCAGCUGUGUCUGUGUAGGGGGAUCAGAACUGGAGAGAUGGCUCAGGUAAAGGCAGCAGGUGAGAAUGUGAGCAUCCACCAGGACAGCACGGAUCUUUACUCGGACAUGGCCACUGUCAGCUCCAGUGCAGAUAUAGGAGAGUCGGUGAGGAAGGGGACACUGUGCGAGACCGUGGCUGUAGGCCUCAACAGACGGAGCAGAGCAUACCCCUCCCCAGCCAGGAGACGCCACCGCACCACCUUCAGCCACAAGCAGCUGGAACAGCUGGAAGUGGCCUUUGGACAAAAUCAAUAUCCUGACAUCUACUAGAGAGGAGCUGGCUCGCAUCACAAACUCAAUGAGGCUCGCAUACAGGUGUGGUUUCAGAACAGAAGAGCCAAACAGCGUAAGCAGGAGCGGGCCUCGCAGAAGGUCCUCCCACUGGGUGUGAUGCCGGGCCAGAGGGCGCUUCUGGGAGGCAUACACAUCCAGCCAUCCGGCAUGGCUCGACAGUACUACCCCCAGCCCCUGCCCCACAUCCCCCGCCUCUCUCCCAUGCUGCCCUCAGGGGCAUACGCCCGCCACCCAGGCCCGGGUAGCCAGUGCCCCUGUCCCAGCGCCUCCACCCAGUCAACCUCCCAGCGCCAGCAUGAUGAAUGGUACGGCUCACUGAGGAGCAACCUCACCUCGCCGAUGUUCUCGCUGACCUCCAUGCAGCCUCUGGAUCCCACCUCUCACUGGAGCUAA